CCGUGAUGACGUAACGCGAUCUACUCCAGAAUAGCGCGCGGCGGAGGAGCAGCCACACGGAACCGUGUUUAGCUCUUUAUCUCUCUCUCUCUCUCUGGAUGUUUGUUUGUUUAUUUGGGUUGAGUUCGGGUCCGGAAUAAGCCUGGCAGGUGGGCAAAGGGGGUAACUUAGGACGGGAUGUCGUUGCUGAAGGAGAACGAGUGUUACGGACUGUCCAGCGGUAAAGUGAACCGCGGUAACGUCUCUGUGUUUCAUGUCAAACUCACUGACAGCGCGGCAAGAGCAGUCGGCUCCUUUAGCCACAGCAAGGGUUUGUCUACCCGUCCCACCAUCUGUUUUAAUGGCAACAAAGGGAGAAUCACCGUCCCCUGCUCGGAGAACAGAGAUGAAUUGAGGAUAUUCACCUUUGGCGUGACGAACGUCGCCCGCGAUAAUCCGAAUGGAAGCUUUGACUGCUUCCAGCAGCUCAGCACUCGUGCUGCCGAGGAGCUGUCAUGUCUCGGGGUGAUUCAGAAAAAGAUGACAGUCAACGCUACAGAUGACUCGUACGAUAAGGCUCGUCAGAGCAUGGCCCAGGCUGAGGAGGAGACGCGCAGCCGAGGGGCCAUUGUCAUCAAACAAGGGGGGCGCUUCCAGGGCAAGAAGGUGACAGUGCGAGCCCCAGCCCCGGCGCUGGCCAGCCUCACCAAGCCCCGCCACCCGUCCCCGUCUCCCCUCAGCAACGUUAAGAGGCGUGUCCAAUUCGCCGUGUCAAAGCCGAAGAAGGGGGCCUGUGCUUCACACAGGAAGAGCGUGGGCGAAGUGCAGGAGAGGCCGCUCAGGGAGAGAUUGACACAUCUGCUGGCUCUGAGGCCGUACAAGAGGCCUGAGCUCAUCUUGAGGCUGCAGAAAGACGGACUGACGGCAGGAGACAAAGACACGCUGGACUCUGUACUGUUGGAGGUUGGUCAGCUCAGUAGCAGAGACAACACAUUUGUCCUAAAGGACGGCCUGUACAAGGAGCUGCAGAAGGACUGGCCAGGCUACACCACAGGAGACCAGCAGCUUCUUAAACGCAUCUUUGUCAGGAGACUGUUUCAGCCACAACAGAACCUCCUCACCGUCCCAGAGGCCCAGGUCAGUCCACUGCGAGACACCCCCAACUCCUCCCCGGCACACCGUCCAAAACCUUCCCCGCCAGACCGUCCAAAACCUUCCCCGCCAGAAGAAUACACCGACCCUCUGGCGAGCAAGAAGCCCAGGAUAUCCCACAUGUCCAGCAAAGCAGCCAGCGACAGGUCAAGAGUGAGGCCUACUGAACAAGCGGCUCAUAAAGACGUCACAGAAGCGCCGGGGAACGACGGGCAAAAGAACUUGCUCGAUCCACAAAAGCUUUUUCGCUCCUUGUCAGAGGUCUGUGAGCAGGAAGCAGAAGUGGCCAAGAGGCUAGAACCAACUCCCCGUGUUCAGGAGGAACCAGAAGUCACAGCAGCAGAACCCCCUCAACCCAACUGUGAUCGCCCUCCGUCCCCUCUGAUGGUGCCUGAGCUAAACAGACACACAAUCAAAAGGAAGAAGAGCAAACACAAACACAAAGAUCAGGAGAAGGAUCGGUUGAGAGAGCGGAAAGAAAGGAGAAAAGAUCACAGUUCAGAAGGUCCAGACAAAGUCUCCAUGGACUGCAUAGAGUCAAGUGCAAUUUUGUUUGACUCCAGUGUGCUUCAAACAGACAAUGACAAAGCAGACUAUCUAUCGAAGUACACAGUGAUUUGCAGUCCCGACCAGAGACAGAGCUACAAGCAGGACUUUAACACGGAGUACAACGAGUACAGAGAUCUACACGCUCGUAUUGACGGAGUGACGCGGCAGUUCAUGGAGCUGGACACGCAGCUCAAACAGCUACACCACGGAUCCCAUAAAUACAAGACGGUUCGUAAUCAAAUUCUUCAAGAGUAUCGCAAAAUUAAAAAGUCCAACCCUAACUACCACCAGGACAAGACUCGCUGUGAAUAUCUCCACAACAAACUGGCCCACAUCAAGAAGCUCAUCUCAGAGUACGACCGACAGCAGCUCUGACUGCGAGACCGGUGAACUCGCAGAGUAGAAUAAUCACCCUGAGACGGGGGAGGUUCACGCUGCUGAGCUGAAUGCCAUCGAGCUUCAAAUCUGCGGUCUUUAUGGCUAAACGUGGUCUCACCAGACCUGCUGGAAAUGUCACUGAGGUUGGGAGUCAUUUGUGAAGAGCAGCUGUGGUACGCUGGGGAGAGCAGACCUAUAAUAUGAGAUCUUUUCUUAGAAGAUGGGAAAUCUUUGGGGAAAAAAGUGGUUUGACCAAUGGGCUGCUACCACGGUGACACAAGGAGUAACAGUAGUUUCGCAAAGGCUCCUGAGGCUAAAGCUCUCACUCUUAAAAAAUGCAAACGGAAACAUGUGGAUAUGAGGUGCUAAGACUAAAAACAUUUUGUAAAUUCACACCCCCAUCAUAGUAUUGUUUGUGAAUUUUAACAGCUUGGGUAUUUGCUUAAGUGUUCUGUUAUCCAUGUCAGCAUUAACGUUUACGCCGGAAGCAUGACAUAACUGCACGCUGUACAUACCCAGGCGGCUCGUACGACUGGCAGCUGGGACGCAGAUGUGCACAUCCUGAGAAGACAUCUGUUCUUUGGGUUUGAUGAUAUCAGUGUUGUUGUGUUCUCUUCAGUUCACAUGUGCUCGCUUAUGACUCCUGAAAGUGUUGCCAGUGCCUGAAAUGGUUUCUUAUUCUGGACUGGAUUCAUAGUAUUCCUCUGGUGUCGUCCCUCUCGUGGCUUUCCUGGAUCACAGAAGACCGUUCUGUUAAAACACAAUGUGAACUUGAAGUUGUAUUCAGGGAAUUUGCAGUAAAAGUGUAACAGAUAACUGGUUUUAAUUAUCAGAGUAGGGGAAAGUUACGGAGUCAUUGUUACUGUAGGCGGUGGAGAAUUAAAAAAUACAAAUAUUUGGUUGCAUGCGGUGUACUUUACAGAAUGCAUGAGGAAUAAAUCAGAAGUUUUGUCAAGAGUUUCAAAUAAAUUCAUUUGUAUUCAUUUUGUAUGAUC